AUGUUAAAUUUUACAAACCGUGAAUUGGCACUCAUAGCUGUAGCGCUUGAUGCAGAAGAAAAUGAAAGACCCAAGAGAAAAAGGAAAGCUUAUUGGGUGCACGAAAUGUUUAAACAAAGAAAAAAAGAGGGCGAAUAUUGGACAGCUCGUAGGCAUUUGCUAGCCGACGAGAAAAAAUUUUUUUCCUACUAUCAUAUGCCGCAAAGUGUGUUUUAUAACAUACUGUCUCAUAUUGAAGACUCCAUAUCUAAGCAAAACACAAGAUUCAGAGAAGCGAUCACACCCGAAGAGAAAUUGGCUGUGACUUUAAAAUAUUUGACGAGUGGCACUUCAGUCAGAAAUUUAUCUACAAGCUUUAGAUUAGGCGAAACAACUAUUAGGUCAAUAAUUAAGGAAGUGUGCAAAGCUGUUAUUGACAAAAUGAUGAGUGUUUAUAUGCCAACGCCUACAGCUGAAGAUUGGGAAAAAAUUACGGAAGGGUUUAAUGACAGGUGGAAUUUCCCAAACUGCAUUGGUGCCAUAGAUGGCAAGCAUAUAAAUAUAAUAGCUCCACCCAACAGCGGAUCGCUCUACUACAACUAUAAAAAACAUUUUUCGAUAGUUCUCUUGGCCAUAGUCGAUGAUAGAUACAGAUUUACAGUUGUUGACAUCGGUGCUUAUGGCAAAAACAGCGACGGUGGUAUUUUUGCAUCUUCAAAAAUUGGAAAACGAAUUCAAAAUAAUAGGUUCAAUAUUCCAAGUGACAAAGCAUUGCCCGGGACAAACGUAGCACUUCCACAUGUUUUCGUGGGCGAUGAGGCAUUUCCGUUACAAAAGAACAUAAUGAGGCCAUAUUCUCGUUCUCAACAACUAUCUCAGGACCAAAAAGAAUUUAACAAUCGCCUGUCACGCGCACGCAAAGUAGUCGAAGAUGCAUUCGGAAUAUUAUACCAAAAGUUUGAAAUAUACAAUAAAAAUAUUCGUUUAAAUCCAGACAUGGUUGAUAAUGUUGUUUUGACAACAUGUAUAUUGCAUAAUGUAAUGCGAACUUAUAAUAUCGAAAGUAACGAAGAGUACUGUUCCAGACCCAGGCCAGCGCAUCAUAACCUGCAUCAGGAGGCGUUCAAUGAUCUACGUCACAUUGGUGGAAACACUACUGCUUUUAACAUACGUGAUUCGUUUGCUGCUUAUUUCAAAUCAUCGGUUGGACAGCUUCCAUGGAAUACUUAAUUUGCUUACUCGUAUUAUCAAUUUUUUUAUGAAUCACUAAUCAUCAAAUGUCAUAUAUGUGGAUGUCUAGUUAAUAACGAAUUAUGUGAAAGUACCUUGUUUCACAUAACAACGUUUGAAACAAUAUGGUCUCUUGUUUGAUUUACAUUGUAGGUUACAUAUCAUUUUUGUCCAUUACUAGCUUGCAAUGUUACCAAAUUAAAAUUAGACUAAAUGAACAUUAUGCAAAACAAGGGACAACCGAAUUAAGCACCAAUCUGUUGUACUAUCUUUUAUUUAAUAUUUUUAAUACAUAAAUAAUAUCCGUUACCUGUUACCGCUAAGGUGUUGCUUAUUUCUGUCCAUGCUUCUUCCUUUUUUACAUUGUCACUGUACUUCGAGUCACUUAGAUCAUAUAAUAAAGUAUAUUUACGAACUUC